AGGUGUGCUAUCCUGGAACCAGGUCCCGUGACAUCAUCAAUAAUAGGCAAUGUGGAAGCCUGGACAAAAAAGUAUGACAGGCCAACCACUGAUCCGAAGACCACAGAAAUAUUUCAGACCUUUGAACAAAGGUUUUAUACGGCGUUUGAUGAGAACAUGGUACAAAGUGGAAGUGAAGUCGCCGAGAUUGUGAAAAAUAUCAUACUCAGCGAGAAGCCAAACCUACGAUACCAUACAAAUGAGAAGUUUAAUCCGGAACAAGUGAAGGCCAAACUUUCUGAUCCCACUGGCAAUGUUCUGGUUGAUUUGAUGAACAAAACGUACAUUGCUAAAGAAUAGUCCGUAUUGCUCCUUUUACCAGCGCUAAUGGUCCUUGUUAUUUAGUAUGCUGUAUUCAUUUUCUAAAAUCAUAUGACACUGUAAGCAAACUCGUUCAUGAUUUGUCAAGCAAUAAAUGGUUCAAUCGUUUGUCAUUUCCUAGUCUGUUAUUUGAGUCUUCAUAGCCAAAAACAUCACAGCUUAACUGACAGACGACCGAUGACAUUCCAACUUAAUUUUACCAAUCAGGUCAUGCACCUCACUUUGACUCUGAAGGUGACUAACGUUGUCGAAACGUCAGUCACUGUCAACAACAGUCCUAUUCAGGACUACGCUGUGUAAGAGUAAAGACAAUUAGCAAUACUAAUUUGGCAGUGUCAAGGCGAGUGAUUUCCACCAUUUCUUCUGCUCUACCAAAAAAUGCAAUCUUUUCCCCAGUGCUUCUCGGUUAGCGUCCUAUUUUCUCGCGAUUGCCCUGUACUUUUGACGUCAUUUGCCGGAUAUCGCAAACGUCUUCCAUAUUUGGUCAACGCUAGCUGGUUAUAGAUAAUUAGCCGUUGGAUUUGAGCCAAUCAGAAGCAGAAAUGUUUUGAAUGAAUUACAACCAUCCAACCUCUCAGACAACAGUAACAUUCUGAUCGGUUUCGGGGUCCGAGGAGUGGAGCGGAGCUUCAUUAAACAAUGAAGACGGUAUAUUUUAUCCUAUGUUUGUCGUGAGAAGGGACCGCUGGAUCCAGGAUAUCAUAUAAAAACUUUAUUUUUUACACGCCAUACUUUUUAGGAUUAAUGACUCGAAUAAAAUGAACCAGUUUUUUGUUUGCUCUUGCCUUUCAAUUAAUUUUAGGUAUAAGAGACUUUCGCGUCCGUUAAUUUGAGCCAUCUAGCAAAUAAGUGCUCAUUCAAGUCAAUAUUGUGUCAUACUUGUCAGCCAUCAUCUUAUCCUCCGUCUCCUUCAUGCAAAACUCAUUAGAUGUCAAAGCAGCUUUUUACAAUUUCGCGAAUUUCCCGGUAUCGACAAAAGUAGACUACAGGGUUAAGGGAGGAAUUUAGGAAAACAAAAAAUAAAGACGCAUGGUAAACUAACAGCAGGGACGUUUGCUUGCCAAUAAUCAGCAACAACACCGCAGAAAAAAAAUGCGGAAGAUAACAAACCAGGAAAACUACAUAAACGGCCAAACUAUUCAAAGCAAAUUUCUUCUGUCGCUUUUGAUCCGGCGUGGAUUGCUGGUUUCGUAUUUGAUUGUGAUGAUAUUUUACUGCUUUAUAAAUACGGAUGUAAGCCACAGUUGUCAAGGAAACUCCAAGAAAUCCAACUACUGCAUUUACUAUACUAUUGCCUGCCAAAAUGGUAAUAAAUAGGGAGGCGGCGAUGCCACUUGUGAACCAUACUGCUAUCAACGUAAGGCUGACAAGCUUUGAUGUCACGAAUUCGCGAUAUCGAAGAUGCAGAUGUAUAGCCAGGAGUCUAUCGACAGCAAUGACUGAAAUAGUCAGUAACGACGCGCAACAGAGGAGAAAAAAGAUGAAGUAACAGGAAGUUAUAACAACUGGACAUAAAGAGGCAAAAUUAGCGUCUCCGUUCGAUUUCAUUUUCAACAUCACCGCGAUGAUAACACCAGACAUUGAUUGUCCUAACGUUCCCACUGCAAGGUCCGACAAAGCAAGACUCAGGAAAAACUUCUUCAUAAUGGUUGGUAUCGAUGAGCAUUUCCACAGCGCGUAAAUAACUAAAAGAUUUCCCACAACUGACAACACGGAAAACACCAAGUUUAAAAUACAAAAAACUAGCAUACUUGUUCCGUGAAACUGAACAAGUGAAGAUAACUCAUGGAGCUUUUGAGUACAGAACUGAGAGACCAUGGUAAAAUAGAUUCUAUCAGUUCUUGUUGGAGUCUUACUGAGAACUGACGUGUUUGUAAUUGGCCAACCUUAUACGGCCCAUAUAAAACAGCUGACUCUUGACAAGACAUGUCAUAGCAUUGCAUUUAGGUUUUAAUCGUCAUCUUUAUACACGAGUGUUUUUUCCUUAAAAGCAAACACGGCGGGUGGAAUAUUGAGAAUAUAAGGGAGCUUUCGCAAAGACGUACACUGAACGACGACGAAUUUUGGUAUCUCAAUUGAAAAAUCACAAAUGAUUGACGAGUUCGAGAAAAGAUAGAGUUUUAUCAAUAACAUUUCCACUGCUUUCGCAGUCAGUCGUAGUUAAGUAAGUUCGCCUUUAAUUUUUGUUAUCAAACAGUGAAAUUUUCUAAAAGCGAGAUAUUUAAAACUGAUUCUGUAAUAUUGUGCAUGUUUUCUUUGCUGGUUAAUGACGUCUCUAAAUAUUCACCUGGUCUACUUAUAAAGUCAAACACCGUUAAUUCGGACACCCCAUUAUUACGGACAGUUUUCAUUAUCCCUGGGGAAAGAAAGCCCUUACUUUUUCUCAACUUGUUUAAUACGGACAUCCCUGUUAAUACGAACACUUUCUAUGGCCCCCUAAGUCCGUAUAAAGAGGCCGGAUUGUAAGUUGACCCAGGUUAUUUACUAUUCAAAUAAAUAUUUAAAUGAAUAAAUGACUUAGUCGGUUGUGAAACAUGUCAAUUUAUACAUGAAGCGUGUUGAGUUUAAGGUUCAAGUAAUUUACACAAACCCACCUCUAACCUGUUUCUUUAAGAAAAAUAGAAGCACCUUAUCGACGCGAGCAAUGAAAAGUUUAUCUGAGCGGAAAUAUGUUUGUUUUUUCUUAAAAAUCAGCCUACUAUAUGAAAAAAUAUUAUUAUCUAUCUUGCGAGUAUAAUGUCUAAUGAGAAAAAUUGAGACAGUCGCAUACGGCCCAAAAGAAAUACUUAAUUGCUCAAGGUACUCUGUGAUCUCGCAAGGUGGCUUUGUCCAGUCUUUAUACAUGUAGGUCAAAAUCAAAUCUCUAUAUCAGUCGGUCCUGGACUUGUAAAAUUUGUCCUGGUUCUUCUAUUUUACUGUCCAAGGUUACAAAGAGACAACUUGCAUAAUUGUGUAUGACACCUGUCUCAAAAUAAUAGGAUGGAGGUUUUUCUGGUAAGUUAGUGCUGUCAUCGGAACUAGAAGAUGCCAUCGAUUCGUCCAGAGCGGAGCUAUGCAAUCAGACUGUAACCAAUGUCCCCGUUUCGUAAGAAAAAAAAAACUUCUAUAGCGAUUUAUCUUCGACCGUUGAGGAAUGUUUAAAGGAUCCAACCAGAAAUUCCAAAUCCUGUUGAGCUGAAACGCUUUUCAGUAAUUAACCUUAACUUUGGUUCAGUUAUCGGCUGUGCGAGAUCCAUUUGUGGAGGUACGAUAAAAACAAGCAACAAAAAUGUGUAACUAGUUCUGCACCAUUGCGGCAAAACAAGUCGAAUAGCGACGUUGCGCGUUUUACCACCCACGAUCAAACCUGCCUUGCAACAAAUCAGGUUGUUACAGGUUGCUGAAAAUUGCUUCAGAAAGUAUAGGCUAGUAAUACUUUUUGCAACAAUAAAUAUGUUUAUGUUGGGCUUCAGUUACCUGCCCAAUGCAAACUUGUUUUGCAACUGAACAAGUGACGUAACUCGAGUGUAUGGAGAGACUCCUGCGUACUUUUAUCCAGUCAGAAUUCAGUAUUCACGCAAGUUGCAACUAUAGUAGCUGAUUUAUUGCAAAACAGGUUUUAACGUGGGUGGUAAAACGAGCAAUAUUGCUUUUCAAGGCUUUUCAAGUCAUUUGCAGCAAUGAUGCAAAACAACUCGCCGUUUUUGUUGCUCAUUUUUCCAAUCAGGUUAACAAUACACCUCUCAGUUGUCACUUAUGGCAAUUUGAAUUGAGAAAUCCCUCUUAACUUUCAACUAACUUAAUCUUGGCGUGCGUGUGACUGUUUUGUCGUCAUGACCAUUUCUUUCCUUUGAGCUUAUUAAAAGUGAAUCCGGCUUGCGUCGCUGCUUAUACAUUUAGUUGCUACGUGUUCUGUCGUGAAUUGUAAUACCUGUCGUAAAUUGUAAUAACAAUCGUGGUAAAUUGUAAUAUCUGUCGUAAAUUGUAAUGACAGCUAGUUGUCGAGAAUUGUAAUAACCAAGCUAUCGUAAAUUGUAAUAAACGUUGUUGUAAUUUGUAAUAAGCCUAGCUGUCGUGAAUUGUAAUAACCGCAUUUUGCAAUACAUCAUAAUGUCAAGGGCUUAUCAAAUGAAGUUUUCUUGUCAAUCAGAAACAUUUAAGCUAUAAUGUAGCCAGCAUUAACACAUCAUACGGAAGAGCAGCGAAAGGAAAAUAGCAUAUACCAAUAGCUUUAUGACAUCGCGCUCAGACUCGCGAUAUAUUUCAGAGUUUAACCAGCGCGGACAAUCGAUAGUACAGACACAUCCUUGACUGAGUCAAAAAUCUCUAACAACCGCUUGGCGUUAAUAAUUCAAAAUCUCGGCCUUCAAGUAUCGCCAUCCGACAAUGAUCUGAAAUGUUAUAAACCUGUGCCUGACCCAGCGUGAAAUAAAUAUUUACAGCAGUAUAUGCAGACCAUAGGGGUGGGGGUGGGGGUUUGUUGUUCCACUUCAGUCCAAGAUGGUAGUUUUUUCUUUGGAUUCUCUUACCACACUGCCUUAUCAGGGGUUUCAGUUUUCUUUAUUUAAGAUAGAGGGAAAAGAUUCGCACAAAUGUCAAACUGCAUACAGACCAUGAAAACUGAAUAAAAGGUACGUAAACCUAAUUUGUUGAAGUGUUUUUUAAAGGGGCUGGAUUACGGCUGGCUACUUCAUUUUGUUUAUAAUCAUGUCAGUUACGCCUCCUUAUUCGCAAUUAACUUUUAAAAAUUACUUGUAAAUGACAAAAUCACAGCUUUUGCCAAACAAAUAUAUCUCCAAGGCAUUAUAUCAAACUUUACAAAAGCUUACAAACAACAAAAAUGAACUUUAAAAGACGAAGAGGCUAACAAGUCUUCGAAACCACAAUUGCAAUCCUUUUCAAUAUCUUCUUCAAGUUGGUCCAUUUGCGCCUUUCUUUUGUAUUCAGUUUGCUGUGUCAUGUAUACCUUAGCUUCUUCGAGCGGUUAUUCAUGUUUCACCCAGUUAGGUGGCAGUUCCGUCCUCUGUUUGAAUUUUGAUAAAUCCGUGACGAAACUCCUUUAAGUAAAGCUAAGUAAGUUUGUUAAGUAUCCUUUAUCCUUAAGUUGUCUCUCUAAUUCUCUCUUUUAUUUCCUUUUUUUCUUUUAAGUUCCGUUUCUUCUGCAGGGGGGUUCAAGAGCUCCUCCUUGUGUACACAUCCUAUUUGGUGCCUUUAUUUAAUUUGUUUGUGACGCAUACUUUCUUGCGUUCGUGUCACGCUCCUAUCUUGUUUUUAUUUUGUUACAAAAAAGAAAGACCAAUAUGCAAAUCUAUGACUGACCCCGACCUUUCGAGGUCAUAAGGAUCCCCAGAUCAAAAAGGACAUGUCUCUCCAAGUCGUGCUCAUCUCUGGUUGUUCUAGCGGCAUUGGAUUCGCUACCGCUGUGUUUCUCGCUAAAGAUGCCGAGAAACGCUUCAAGGUUUACGCCACCAUGCGAAAUCUGGCGAAGAAAGGACAACUGGAGGAAGAAGGGAAGGAACAACUUGGAGACACUUUGAUUAUCAAACAGAUGGACGUGUGCAGUGAUGAAUCAGUCACGAAGGUUGUUAAAGAGGUGCUCGACGCUGAAGGGAAAAUUGAUGUGUUGUGUAAGUGGUUCCCGACAUUGAUAGUUAUGUCCUUUUAACAAUUUAAAAGUUCCUUUUCAGUACUGUAUCAAAUUGCAUCGACCUCGCUAUAGUCUAACGAAUUUUUACGAAGUCUCAUGCAGGCGCGAUGACGCGACAGGACUCCAAAUACGAAAGGGCUGGUAGCUCUUUUGGAAAGCCCUGACUCUAACUUUUGAAAGAGGUCAAAAUUAAGUAAUCGAAAGAUGUUCUCUGGUUGACUGCUUUCUCUGCUCCUCUUGAAUAUUGCUGACCCGGGGCAAUUUAUAAUUAAUUCGCAAUAGACAAAGUGGAUUUUAUAUAGGUCAACACGCAAUUUAAAAACAAUCAAAGAAGUUGCUUUGAGUUCGCUUAAAAGAGACUAAAAAAUGUUUGAGCUGCAAAAUUGAAUUGUGACCUUUCUUUUUAAGUUUUUAUGAAUGUGAAACUCAACAAUAAGGAUUUCUGACUUUGUCAGAUUGAGCUGGGACAAACAAUAUAAGCAUGACCAAGCAAUAUGCAAAGUAGGGGUUACGAAAUCAAAACAGAAAUAUAAAGUAGGCGUUAAUCACAAUAGGAAAACUAUUUGCAGAGCAAAUAGAUACCUGGGCUAUUACGCCGGCGGCAAAUAAAGUAAAUAAAAGGUGGAAAGCGACAGGAAAAAGGGAAUCGGCAACGGAACAAUUACGCAUGCGUGUCUGUGCUUAACAUUUUGCAAUGAAUCAAGGAAGGGGCCAUAAAAAAGAGAGGCAAGAAAAAAAAAACAUUCAACAUUCCCGAUCCUAAUUGUUGAAACGCUUGCCAGGUUUUCCUUCCCUUUCCUUUCAAUGUUGACGUCGAAGACGUUUAUGCCCAACCAAACGCGUAAAACCAACAUUAAAGAAAGCCGGAGGGUAGCAAUACGUGCAUUCAUGAAACGACUAAGUUUUAAUUAAUAAAUAUGUUGUGUUUUCCGGAAGUGUUUCAACCAAUUAUGACCUGGAUUGCGUUCCCGGUCAUAACUGAAGCGCUUGCAAAGUUUUCCAUCCCUUUUCUUUCAAUGGAAGACGUUUAUGCCCAAGCAAACGCGUGAAACCAACUUUGAGGGAGGGGAGUAGGGAAGCAACACGUGUAUUCAUAAACCGACUAAGUUGAUGUUGUGUUUUCGGAAAAUGUUUCAACAAAUUAUGACCGGGUUUGAAGGGGCAGCGGGAAGCGAGAUAUUUGGAUCUCCAUCAAUCCCCCUCCACUCUUCUCCCUUGUUAUAAUGAACCAGGUGGGCCUGGUAACAAAACGAACAGUAAUUAUUAAAAACUGAAUCAUUGGAUAAUGCAAUUCUAGCAUUUUGAUUGGCUUAGCCGUUAUGGUAUAUGAGCUAUUAUACCAUGCUCUCCAUAUAUGGUCGAUGUACGCGUCAGUUUAAAAUUGGAAGCUAGCUGAGAUUUUUUUUCGCGAAGGAUAGAACGGCGCCCGAAGCAAAUCGUUUUAAUUCAUUUCUUAGAAUACUAGAAAUGCAUGCAAUUUAAUCGACAGAAAAAAGACAAAAACAAACAAAAAAGCCACAAGAGCUUGUUUGAAAGUUUUUCGAAAAACACAUGAAAAUACAUGGAACUAAAGUACCUUGACCAGCUACGAAAGAGGACAGGUGAUGUUUCUUCAUGAUCGCGAAGCCAUUCGCCGAUCGAGUCACUCGCCGAUAGAUAACUGCGGCUUGUUUAUCCGACAUCAAGAAUAUAAAUCACAAGUAACCAGCUACAAUUAAAGGCUAUACAGCCAUUCACUAGAGCAAUCGAGGCGGCAGUAUAGCUUCUUUUCUCGUUCAGCAAAACGAGUUUGUGGCUUCAAACAACUUCAUAAGAAGCCACCGAGGUAAUAGUUUUUAUCCGUUGUUGUUACUUUUGUAACUGCACCGAAAAUCCAGAUUCACAGUAAUUUCGACGGCUGUCACUUAAAAAUUCUUUUCCUUCACAUUAUAUGCCAGGUUUUUUUAGCUGUCCUGCUGUGUAAAAUCCUAGAAUCCCGUUGAGUUUUUAAAAAAGUUAAUCUUCAUCGCUGCAAUGUUUUGAUUUUUCAUUCAUGCAGUCCAGGCGAGUCCGUUCGCGCGUUGACAGUUUUGAUAGACGUGUGACAUGUGAACAGCGGAAGUCCCUUGUCUUUUCCGGUUUGUUCUAGUAGGGGAGAUUCAACGAGUUUUUGUUGGCGUUUUUAAUAAAACAAUUAUUCCACUCGCGCUUGUUGGAUAUGAGAUGAUUAUAGCCAACUCGGCGCUACGCGCCUCGUUGGCUAUCUUAUCAUCUCAUAUCCAACGCGCCCUCGUGGAAUAAUUGUUAAAUAAUACCUUGAUGCUCAACAGUCAACAACGCUGGAAUAGGAUUGUUAUCCAUAAUGGAGUGUGUCCCAGUGGACAUGGCUAAGGAAUUGUUUGAAGUAAACUUCUUUGGUACCUUGCGACUGAUCCAAGCUGUGCUGCCAAGCAUGAAAGAGAGAAGGAGCGGGUGUAUAAUUAACAACACCAGCUAUGCUGGAAUUGUUGGAGUACCUUUCAGUGAGAUUUACUCAUCUUCAAAGUUUGCAGUGGAGGGCCUUACUGAAGCAAUGGCUCCAACCUUGCUUCAUUUUAAUAUCAGGUAAAGUAGACCAAAGUUAUUCAAACGUUGGAUAGCUCUUUCCAACUUAGCUGAUAGAGAUUCAUCCAUUGGAUAGCGUUUUGCAACUUUUAAACAACUUGUGCCAGGACGUUAGAAGCCACAGGCAAACCAUUCUAUACCUGGGUAUAGGUUGAUAUUUCUGGAAUACCCUUCAAUGAGCUUUACGGUGCUACUCAGUUUAAUAGUUUGCAGAUAAGAAACUAAAAUACGGCCUCAGCUGUAAAAUCUGUAACAUGUCCUGCCCUGGCUUACUACCUUAUGGCUGCUUCUGUGGCAGCCUUUUGUUUAUACUGCUGCUGCUACAAAAGCGAGCACAGGCAAACCAUGCUAGACUGGGUCAGUUAGGUGUUGUUAGAAUAACCAUUUAUGAGUUGAUUUUAUUCUAGUUUACUUAAAGUUUAUAGUUUUGCUGUAAGAGAUGGCGCCAAUAUCGUAUACAUUAAAUUUCCAGAUCUUCAGCAAUUAUUGGAAGAGGCUGGGUACGAUCUGAAGAAUUAUGUAGAUCAUUUAAGACGGAAUCCGGUGGAGAAAACCCUGUACCAGAAUAAUUGAAACAAUAUCGCAUUCGUUUUUACCCGCGUACGUUUUCUUCAAAUACUGAGGCGCGGUCGCUAAGCACGCGGUGUAUUUUCUUAAAACUUUUUAGGGCUAACAGCGUGCACUUAGUUUCUCAUUUGACAAGAACGCUCGGUUACAAAGACUUUGAGUCCAACCGAGGCAAAGCGUGUUUUCAGGGUUCUUUGGGGAGUAGUUCGGCUAUUUCCUCUACGCUUAACGCGUGAAAUUUUUUCGCCAUUUUCUACAGCUUUAACAAAAUUCCUGAGCUGCGCAGCCUCGUCCCCAGAGCUACUCGGUUGCCGUUUUUCCUUCCUCUAACGUUUCCCAGAUUCUUUUGUGGACCUACACAUUCCAUGAAGUAAUUAACACUGUGCAUUUAAUCUAAGUUGAAUGCGUUGCUUAAACUAAACUAUACCUUCUACAGCACGCACUACCCGGCCCGAUAAUGAACCUCUAUAUAACGAAGUCCUUGGUAUACCGAAUGAUUUUCUUUACCCCAGUAAUAGUAAGACAAAUGAUAAAGAAGUUCAAAAUAAAGAAACCUCGUUAUAGCGAACAAAUUUUGUCAGUCCCUUGACCCCCCCUCUCUCUCCCUUAUAUCGAGGUUUCACUGUACAGUAUUAUAUUAAAAAUCCAUUAAAGAAGAUGUAAUCUCCACAGCCUUCUAACUAGCCAUACAUCCUUUCUUUACCCCUGGCAGGUGCUCUCUACUUGAACCAGGUCCCGUUGGGACGGUACUUGUCGGAAACAUGGAAGCCUGGCACAAGAAAUAUGACAAGCCAACUGCUGAUGAGGAGUCUUCGAAACUGCUUCAGACCUUCACAGGAAAUUCAUGGCCGAUAGCUCUUAAGGAGAUGCAAGAUGUCAAGGAAGUCGCAGAGAUUGUGAAAACGAUCGUACUUAGCGACAAGCCAAACCUACGAUAUCAAACAAAUAAGAAUUUCCACCCCGAUGAAGUAAAGGCCAAACUCACUGAUCCUACUGGGAAUGUUAUGGUUGAUUUGAUGGUCAAAAAGUACUUCGAUAAAGAAUAGUUCGUAUACUGUUAACAAGUUGAUGCAUGAAUGUUAUUCCACGUGUAAGUCAUUAAAGCCUUUUAUAUUUGAUUGUCAAAUGGAAAAUCAUAUAUAGUCAAGAAGUAAGUUUCCUCAAGACCCCGAGACACUUUCAUGAUUUGGCCGGCAAGCGUUUACUCGAAUAGAGACUCUAAGGUCAGCAAAACAAACUUGAAAGAUUCCGAUUUACUGAUGCUGGGUGUCUUUUCAUCUAAAGUCAUUUUUCUCCGUAUAGGCUGUAUAACGCUUUCAUGGGUCACAGCGUAUUACACUUUGGAUGGGAUUUUUCAGGGCUAAUACCCCCAAGUUUGACCAUUAAUCCCAGAUUGGAUCCCAGAUUCCUUGACAGUGGAAGGGAUUGCCAUCGUAAACGGGAUUCCUUAUUUCUUGUGCUGAUUUCCGGAUUUCAAAGCCCAGGGCCGAUUUGUUCGAAGCUGGGUUAAGUUAACCCAGGGUUAGUGCGAGAUUUGAAUUCAGAUUUGAAAGCUUUAAAACCAUUCCAGUUUCAAUUCUUUCUGUCUACAAGUUGAUGAUUGGAAGCUCUAAAUUUUUCAGAGAAAAUUAUCCGAGAAAAUGCUUUGAACACAAGAAAAAAAAACCGGGGUUAAAUUUAACCCCGGGUUAAGCGCUAAUCGGCCUUCUAACAACUGAGCCCAGGGUUGCGGAUUCCACAAGAAAAAAAAAACUUUCCUUGUUUUAGGAUUCCACAAGCAAAAACUCCCCGGAUUUUGGAAACUGGAUUACCUUACAUGGGGUGAAUCAGGGUAGCCUGUGAAAUAUCGAGGAGGCGAGCGCACGUUCUAGUCGCGCGCUCUAUAAAAGAUAACCAAAAACCUAACUUGCCAUAAACCAAUCAUAAAAACCACCAUCAAAGCCAACACGAUGACAAUAAUCAAAGCCAUCAUGAAAACCAUCAUAGUCGUCAAAGUUAAAGAAUGAGAGGGAACAGCACUCAUAAAAUUUUACCAACACUGUUAUUCCUAGCUUUCGAAAACAUCCGUCUCUCCACGCUCUUUUCAGGACGUUUCGCUAAACGAAACGCCCCUAGCACGGCGUCGAGGAGAGAAGGCUGAAUUCGCCGGCAUGUCAACCUCAACAUAAAUUUUUAAGCAUUAUCACCUUUAACCUUUCAAUCACCAUGAGUCCAUGAUUAACACCACCACCGGCGGGCUGGCCGUCAAACAACCUACAUCGCACAACCGGUACCAUCAUCUUUCUUAUCAUUAUCACUAUGGUAACUACCGGUCAUCAGGUUAUCAACACCGUGGUUACCGGUAUCCCCAUUACCCUACAUAAGAAAUACGUGUAUCGCAGACCCUUGCGAUUAAAAGAUAGAAAAAGAGCUAAUAGCCAAAGAGUUACGCUGCAGUUGGCCCAUUUUCAAGCUCGGGCGUCCCCAUAGAAGAAGACAUUGGAACAUUUGGUCAUCUUUCUGUAAAACUUAAUUAAAAGAACGCCGCGCCGGCCGCGCCUUUAAAAUUGACUAAAUACGGUAAGUUUACGGACGCAUAGCUCGCGCCCCCGAAAUCCGCAUCCCCUUCCCUUUAGAACUAUAUAUAGAAGGCUGAGAAAUUUCUUGUACCUGGUUUAUGACAGGCGCCUAUUACCUUCCGUCACCUCCUGUCACAAUGCCUCCAGCCCAGGUGUUUUUAGGUCUUUCGUCACACGUUCCUGCCCCAUGAAUGAAUGAAUGAAUGAAUCCUGGAUUAAUGAAUGAAUGAAUGAAUGAAUGAAUGUACGAAGUUUAUUGCCUGAGGGGCUUUUCAGCGAUACAACACAAUAUUAGAAACCGUCAAUGCAUAUAAGUAAUGAAAUUAAAAAAAUAUUGUUUUCAUAUUUACUUACGAAAAACUAUUUAUCUAAGUUUCCGUUUAAAAUUACUGUGAUACUGAAUACAAUGUUAAAACCUGCAUCGCAUUAUAAAAUCGCCACAAAUAUAUAAAAUAAUAAAAAUAGUUACUAAAAGUAUUAUGCAUAUUCAGGAGCUUCCCGGAUUAAGGAAUUUCUGUAACACUAUUUGCCUCAGGAACGGGUGACGAAGCCCACACGAGUGCGGGCUUCAGGAGAUAGUUUUUUCUUUUUGGCGCCAAAAAAAAUUCCUGAUCGCAGGUUACAUGGGAAAGAGAAAAUUGACCUCCCGGACGUAAAAAAUAAUGGCAACCGAAAGUUGGUACUUUAAGUGCUCUGACUCGACAAAUUUUUACAGCAGGAAAUAAAACAAAGGAAUUCACAUUCGUUGUGUGCGGCAGAAGGGUCCAUCAAGCAAGAUAUCGAAUUCCGGUUGUUAUUCAUGACGUCCGGGACGUCAGCGUGACUUAAACUAAGCUAGCUAAUACGUCAAAUUCGAUCACUUAAGACCUGGCUUUCUUCGCACGCAAAUCAACAUAGGCAUGUCUUCACAGAUCGUGCUGAUCUCCGGUUGUUCUAGCGGCAUUGGACUCGCUACCGCUGUGCAUCUGGCUAAAGAUGCCGACAAACGCUUCAAGGUUUAUGCCACCAUGAGAAAUCUGGCGAAGAAAGGACAACUGGAGGAAGAAGGAAAGGAACAACUUGGAGACAGUUUGAUCAUCAAACAGAUGGACGUGAGCAGUGAUGAAUCAGUCACGAAGGUUGUUAAAGAAGUGCUCGACGCUGAGGGAAAAAUUGAUGUGUUGUGUAAGUGCGUGAAAUAUCGUUUUAUUUUCAGACUUAGAUAGUUUAUUUAUUUAUUUCAUUUAUGCUCCUUUUCGCCAAGGAAAUAUAUUUAACAUCAUUGUAUAAAAACAAGGGGUUCGCGAUCGCAUCACAGGCAGGUAUGUACCCCGUGGGCACUAUGAAGGCUUGCCUGUGCCAGGCUCUCAGAUAGUAUAGUGGGAAAGUAUUAAAACGAGCAAAGCGAAAAUAAGACGCGCACGACUUGGGAAAGGGGGCACGUUUUUCGCAUUUCUUAUCACUGAACGACUUUCCACCCCUUUCCACCACCAUCUCGGGGCCUGGAACAGGCUAUAUGAAGGCCCGGGAGAGGUCCUGCCCGAAAGCGUUACCUUUUUCAGGCUUUACGUAUAAAGGACAAAUUUGUGAUUUAGGUGUUUUAAACUAAACAGUGACUCAAGCAUUUCGUGUCGACACAUCUUCUGGCUGUAUCAAUAGAGUUUAUGAAACGUUACAUAAAAACACUGUAAUAACCAACUGUUACAAGCGUAAGAUUGUGUUUUAAGUAAAGACCAAGCUUUAGACCGCAAAAAAAACAGUCAGAUAAAACAGCCCGCUGUUCUGUUUUGUUCUGUUUUGCUGUGCUGUAUUGUUUGACUCCUGUUGAUCCUAACGAUUAUGCAAUCGCUCCCACGCUGGAUUUUACUUCGCUAUUGCUAAGCAGGUAUUUUUUUACUAGAGUGAUUUACUUAAUCUAUGAAAUAGGUAGUAGAAUACUACGCGCUAUUAUGCACUAAUUCUGUUGUCUUCUUUUGUUCACUUGUAGCUAUAUUGCACUAGUAGUUAUUAUCUGUUUUUACGGAUCAAUUAAAAUCACUCUAUCAUGACUGGAUUUGAACUGUUCUGAUAUUCCUAAGAUGGUAGAACCAAUUACAUUCGAUUUGCAUAUCAGGUUUGUAAAUACAUGUACCGAAAAAGUUGUUCUUCUGCUCUAGCGAAAAUGUAAUAGAAACAACUAUUUCCAAAACUCAGAGCAAAGAAAUUUGGUAUAAAACAAAUCGAAUAUUUCUAAAUCGCUCGAGCUUCAUCAGCGAUUCGGUUACGUAACAGAAAAUUGGUACGUGCCGUAUUGGUAUUUAAUUUCGCGGUACUUAAUUUUGCGAUGUUGCUGAGUCAGUAUCUCGCGGUGUGUUAUUUUCACCAUUUCAAAUGAUGAAAAAAAAAAGGGUAUUAUAUUUCGCCUUCUCAACUUCAUUUUAGUUUUCAAAAAGUAUGAACUUUUUGAAAACCUUAUCUUUUUAGACAAACUGGAACAAGCAAUGUGUGAAAUCUUAAUUAAAAUUACCGUUGUUUCACAACCGAAGAUAACAGGGACACCCAACGACGGUUUCCACCUAAAUGCAUUGAAAACACUUUUUAGGCUAUCCAGAGUACUUUCUGAUCUCUAGAAAUGCAUUCUAAGAAUUUUCCCUCCCCUUGUCUCGUCCUCUGCGUACGCUUCGCUUGCUCAUAAAGCGCCUGCCGUGCAGGCUAGUCCAGUCCCUUGACCUGUUUCUAGUAUUAGGGACUUUAAGAUACACCGUUUCUGCCUACGGGUACGGUUAGGCGAACAUGUUUGCCACCCAGUUAUACAAAAGGCGACUAUGAUGUCCCAGGUGUGAUAAUGGCAUCACCGUUUCACAUGGUAGCCUUUCCGUUUCUCCGGGGUAAGAGGCCAUAUACCGGUACAUGUAUUUACAGCUAAGCGUACGAGUAAUUUACCCAUACCCGUACACGGAAACGGUGUAUCUUAAGGUCUCUACUAAUGCAUGUUGGUAUUCAUCAGUUAAUAAUGCCGGACUGGGAUUGAUUACACCAUUGGAAUGUACUACUAUGGAAAUGGCCAAGGAAUUGUUUGAAGUGAACUUCUUUGGUGCCCUGCGACUGAUCCAAGCUGUGCUGCCAGGCAUGAAAGCCAGGCAGAAUGGGUGCAUCAUUAACAACAGCAGUCAUGGUGGUAUUGUUUCUUGUCCCUUCCUUGAGCUUUACUGUUCUUCAAAGUUUGCAAUGGAGGGCCUUACUGAGGGGAUGGUGCCCUUGAUGCUUCAUUUUAAUAUCAGGUACUAAAUGUACGUUUACUCGACCACAGAAUCCGCCGUACGGAAAAAGAUGGCGGCAGUACAGUUUACCACAAUUCCUUUCGAACCUAACACGGCCAAUUAAACAUAAAGUCAUAUUUUGGGGGGAGGGGGCAACAUUGCCUUCUUAAAACCCUGAGCAAUUUUAAUGCGCUAAGAACAUUGCCUAUCCUAGGUUUGAAGUUUAUAAAACAUUAUCAUUAUGUCCAAAAAAUGUUUUGGAAGUUUGACCGAAUGUUCACCCGUGCAUGUUACUCUAAGUUCAUAAAUGGCUACUGUUACAAUUCGGAAAUAUGAACUAGUAGUAAAUGGGAGAUAUUUCAGUGUGAUAAUAUGAACUAUCAGAUAGUUCAAGGGCAUCUCUUUUGCACUAAUCACCGGGCGUAUAGCAGCCACACUUAAAAUUUUAGAAACAAGUUUUUUUAGAUAGACUUCGAACAGUCUCUCUUUCUUGUUAGCCCAUCGAGCGAAACGGGCAAGACACGCAAAUGACCAUGCACGUGGAAGGGGAGGAGGGGUUUCUGUUAAGUGGUACGACUCACACAAGUCAAAAUUUUGCAAGCAUUGCAUCUCAUUAGUGAUAUUAUACAUUUGUACGUAAUUAAUUGUUCUCUAAAAUUUUCGAACGUAAUUUUGGUCUCUGAAAAACUUACUGCUUCUACUUGUUUGUAAUGCGUAUUUACCCACGCCCCACCUGGAAGCCAGCUUUCUUUGUGUGUGGUUAGCGUAGUAAAAUAAAUGCGAUGAUUUGUUGAUUGAUUGAUACUUCGAAUUUUUGAGCAAAGUUGUCGAUCGUUCUACAUCCCUUUUUCUGCAUCCUGCCUUGAUUAAGUGGUGCAGAGACUACCUCUACGAGGUUGCGUGAUUCUUAAUGCAGCUUUUAAACAAGUAGCCUCCCCCGCAGACAUUCUUAGGCGUGCGUCACGCGUUCCUUCUCACGAAUUCAUGGGGAAGAAACGCGUGACGCACGCCUAAGAAUGUCUGCGGGGGAGGCUAUUAAACAAGUUGAACUUCUUGAAAUAAUAUGCACACUGCAUGAUUGGGGAACUGGUUGGCUAUCAGGCUCUUUUUUGCUGUUGCUCAGUCAUGAGUAAUUGUGAGGUGAUUGCAAAUGGCCAUGGCAAACAACUUAACUUUGGCAAAUUAUAUAAAUGUUCCAAAGAUCAUCUAAUCUUCUCUUCCUCGGUCCAACGCACACCACACACAAAGAAACUGUCCCAGGUCCCCGCGUCAGAAACCACUGUUCCUCCAUACAGCAAGGUCGGGAAAACGGAGUUUUCCUCUUGUGAUUAUCCCAAUAAUGCCAAAACUGAUUUAUGCAGUUAUCUUUCAUUGGCUGGCAGGUGUGCUAUCCUGGAACCAGGUCCCGUGACAUCAUCAAUAACAGGCAAUGUGGAAGCCUGGACAAAAAAGUAUGACAGGCCAACCACUGAUACGAAGACCACAGAAAUAUUUCAGACCUUUGAACAAAGGUUUUAUACGGCGUUUGAUGAGAACAUGGUACAAAGUGGAAGUGAAGUCGCAGAGAUUGUGAAAAAUAUCAUACUCAGCGAGAAGCCAAACCUACGAUACCAUACAAAUAAGAAGUUUAAUCCGGAACAAGUGAAGGCUAAACUUUCUGAUCCCACUGGUAAUGUUCUGGUUGAUUUGAUGAACAAAACGUACAUUGCUAAAGAAUAGUGCGUAUUACUCCUUUUACCAACGCCGAUGGUCCUUGUUAUUUAGUAUGCUGUAUUGAUUUUGUAAAAUCAUAUGGCACUGUAAGCAAACUCGUUCAUGAUUUGUCAAGCAAUAAAAGGUUCAAUCGUUUGUCAUUUCCUAGUCUGUUACAAAUAGCAAUUUUCGUUUCUAGAGGGAUGAUCACCACCAUGAUAACGCAGGUCGUCGUCACGAAAACCACAGUAAUGUUAUCACUAGUUAUCGCUGCUCGCGUCUGACAACCAUCUUCGAAGCUAAUCUUUAGUAUUAAUCCCAAGAUAUUUGUGAUCACCAUCAUCGAUCUUUAACUGCUCCACCAUCAAAUUAUUGCCAUUCAUCACCUCCAAUACCUACAUACAGUUAACAUUGAAAUAACCAUAAUUUAUAACACCAUCAGCAGCAUAUAAUUGAGAAAAACAACAUUUAAGUGAGUGUUUAUGAGCAUAACCAUCACUAUGACAGCCACCGACCAACAACUCCGUGUAACUUGUAAACAACUUAUUGACGGACUCGAACAAAACUGACAACGACAGAAAUGACUGAUAACCGACAAUUUGACUAACAAUAAAUAACUGUUCAACUGUGACAAAAAGACAGAUCGAAACUGGGCAAUGACAUUUGAGUCUUCAUAGCCAAAAAACAUCACAGCUUAACUGACAGACGACCAAUGGCAUUCCAACUCAACUGACCAAUCAGGUCAAUAACCAGAGUUUAAUACCAUCAUCUAACGUCAUACAACUCAUUUGAACUCUGAAGGUGACUAACGUUGUCGCGAAACGUCGGUCACUGUCAACAACAGUCCUAUUCAGGACUACGCUGUGUAAGAGUAAAUUAAGACAAUUAGCAAUACAAAUUUGGCAGUGUCAAGGCGAGUGACUUCCACCAUUUCUUCUUCUCUGCCAAAAAAUGCAACCUCUUCCCCAGUGCUUCUCUGUUAGCGUCCUAUUUUCUAGCGAUUACCCUGUACUUUUGACGUCAUUUGCCGAAUAUCGCAAACGUCUUCCAUAUUUGGUCAACACUAGCUGGUUAUGGAUAAUUAGCCGUGGGAUUUGAGCCAAUCAGAAGCAGAAAUGUUUUGAAUGAAUUACAACCAUCAUAAUCACCACCAACUCCUCUCAGACAACAACAACAUUCUGAUCGGUUUCGGGGUUCGAGGAGUGGAGCGGAGCUUCAUUAAACCAAGAACACGGUAUAUUUUAUCAUAUGUUUAUCAUACGGACCGCUGGAUCCAGGAUACUAUAUAAAAACUUUAUUUUUUUCACUUGUUGGAAAAAAAUGCCAUACUUUUUAGGAUUAAUGAAUCGAAUAAAAUUCACCUGUUUUUUGUUUGCUCUUGCCUUUCAGCUGGUUUUAGUUACAAGAGACUUUCGCGUCCGUUAAUUUGACCCAUCUAGCAAAUAAGUGCUCAUUCAAGUCAAUAUUGUGUCAUACUUGUCAGCCAUCAUCUUAUCUUCGGUCUCCUUUAUGCAAAACUCAUUAGAUGUCAAAGCAGCUUUUUACAAUCUCGCGAAUUUCUCGGUAUCGACAAAAGUAAACUAAAGGGUUAAGGGAGGAAUUUAGGAAAACAAAAAAUAAAGACGCAUGGUAAGCUAACAGCAGGGACGUUUGCUUGCCAAUGAUCAGCAAUAACACCGCAGAAAAAAAAUGCGGAAGAUAACAAACCAGGAAAACUACAUAAACGGCCAAACUAUUCAAAGCAAAUUUCUUCUGUCGCUUUUGAUCCGGCGUGGAUUGCUGGUUUCGUAUUUGAUUGUGAUGAUAUCUUACUGCUUUGUAAAUACGGAUAUAAGCCACAGUUGUUAAGGAAACUCCAACAAAUCCAACGACUGCAUUUACUAUACUAUUGCCUGCCAAAAUGGUAAUAAAUAGGGAGGCGGUGAUGCCACUUGUGAACCACACUGCUAUCAACGCAAAGCUGGCAAGCUUUGAUGUCACGAAUUCGCGAUAUCGAAGAUGCAGAUGUAUGGCCAGGAGUCUAUCGACAGCAAUGACUGAAAUAGUCAGAAACGACGCGCAACAGAGCGGAAAAAAGAUGAAGUAACAGGAAGUUAUAACAACUGGACAAAAUGAGGCAAAUUUAGCGUCUCCGUUCGAUUUCAUUUUCAACAUCACCGCGAUGAUAACACCAGACAUUGAUUGUCCUAACGUUCCCACUGCAAGAUCCGACAAAGCAAGACUCAGGAAAAACUUCUUCAUAAUGGUUGGUAUCGAUGAGCAUUUCCACAGCGCGUAAAUAACUAAAAGACUUUCCACAACUGCUAACACGGAAAAAAACAGGUUUAAAAUACAAAAAACCAGCAUACUAGUUCCGUGAAACUGAACAAGUGAAGAUAACUCAUGAAGCUUUUGAGUACAGAACUGAGAGACCAUGGUAAAUAAAUUUUAAGUCCAUUUAUCAGUUCUUGUUGGAGUCUUACUGAGAACUGACGUGUUUGUAAUUGGCCAGCCUUAUACGGUCCAUAUAAAACAGCUGAAUCUUGACAAGACAUGUCAUAGCAUUCCAUUUAGGUUUUAAUCGUCAUCUUCAUACACGAGUGUUUUUUUCCUUAAAAGCAAACACGGGGGGGGGUGUGGAAUAUUGAGAAUAUAAGGGAGCUUUCGCAAAGACGUACACUGAACGACGACGAAUUUUGAUAUCUCCAUUGAAAAAUCACAAAUGAUUGACGAGUUCGAGAAAAGAUAGAGUUUUAUCAAUAACAUUUCCACUGCUUUCGCAGUCAGUCGUCGUUAAGUAAGUUUGCCUUUAAUUUUUGUGAUCAAACAGUGAAAUUUUCUAAAAGCGAGAUAUUUAAAACUGAUUCUGUAAUAUUGUGGAUGUUUUCUUUGCUGGUUAAUGACGUCUCUAAAUAUUCACCUGGUCUACUUAUUAAGUCAAACACCUUUAAUUCGGACACCCAUACGGACAGUUUUCAUUAUCCCUGGGGAAAGAAAGCCCUUACUUUUUCUCAACUUGUUUAAUACGGUCAUCCCUGUUAAUACGGACACUUUCUUUGGCCCCCUAAGUCCGUAUAAAGAGGCUUGAUUAUAAUUUUUAAGUUGACCCAGGUUAUUUAGUAUUCAAAUAAAUAUUUAAAUGACUUAGUCGCUUGUAAAACAUGUCAAUUUAUACAUGAAGCGUGUCGAGUUUAAGGUUCAAGUAAUUUACACAAACCCACCUCUAACCUGUUUCUCCAAGAAAAAUAGAAGCACCUUAUCGACGCGAGCAAUGAAAAGUUUAUCUGAGCGGAAAUAUUUUUGUUUUUUCUUAAAAAUCAGCCUACUAUAUGAGAAAAUAUUAUUAUCUAUCUUGCGAGUAUAAUGUCUAAUGAGAAAAAUUGAGACACUCGCAUACGGCCCAAAAGAAAUACUUAAUUUGCUCAAGGUACUCUGUGAUUUCGCAAGGUGGCUUUGUCCAGUCUUUAUACAUGUAGGUCAAAAUCAAAUCUCUAUAUCAGUCGGUCCUGGACUUGUACAAUUUGUCCUGGUUCUUCUAUUUUACUGUCCAAGGUUACAAAGAGACAACUUGCAUAAUUGUGUAUGACACCUGUCUCAAAAUAAUAGGAUGGAGGUUUUUCUGGUAAGUUAGUGCUGUCAUCGGAACUGGAAGAUGCCAUCGAUUCGUCCAGAAAGGAGCUAUGCAAUCAGACUGUAACCAAUGUCCCCGUUUCGUAAAAAAAAAAUACUUCUAUAACGAUUUAUCUUCGACCGUUGAGGAAUGUUUAAAGGAUCCAACCAGAAAUUCCAAAUCCUGUUGAGCUGAAACGCUUUUCAGUAAUUAACCUUAACUUUGGUUCAGUUAUCUGCUGUUCGAGAUCCAUUUGUGGAGGUACGAUAAAAACAAGUAACAAAAAUGUGUAACUAGUUCUGCACCAUUGCGGCAAAACGAGUCGAAUAGCGACGUUGCGCGCUUUACCACCCACGAUCAAACCUGCCUUGCAACAAAUCAGGUUGUUACAUGUUGCUAAAAAUUGCUUCAGAAAGUAUAGGCUAGUUUUACUUUUUGCAACAAUAAAUAUGUUUAUGUUGGGCUUCAGUUACCUGCCCAAUGCAAACUUGUUUUGCAACUGAACAAGUGACGUAACUCGAGUGUAUGGAGAGACUCCUACGUACUUUUAUCCGGUCAGAAUUCAGUAUUCACGCAAGUUGCAACUAUGGUAGCUGAUUUAUUGCAAAACAGGUUUUAAAGUGGGUGGUAAAACGAGCAAAAUUGCUUUUCAAGGCUUUUCAAGUCGUUUGCAGCAAUGAUGCAAAACAACACGCAGAUUUGAAUUCGUUGCUCAUUUUUCCAAUCAGGUUAGCAAUACACCUCUCUCAGUUGUCAUGGCAAAUUGAAUUGAGAAAUGCCUCUUAACUUUCAACCAACUAAAUCUUGGCAUGCGUGUGGCUGUUUUGUCAUCAUGACCAUUUUUUUCCUUUGAGCUUAUUAAAAGUGAAUCGCUUGCGUCGCUGCUUAUACAUUUAGUUGCUACGUGUUCUGUCGUGAAUUGUAAUACCUGUCGUAAAUUGUAAUAACAAUCGUGGUAAAUUGUAAUAUUUACUAUUCAAUAACAUUGUUGCACUAAAUCACUGAUUCAGGGAAAUUAUCAGGGGUAAUAUAUACUAAACGUGCUAAAACAAACAUCAAUAUUUUUUAUAUUGCAUACACAUGUAAUAUUAAAAAUAUUGCAGCUUUCACGCUGCAAUAUUAAAAACCAGUCUGAAUUAUCAAGGACACCAAACACUGGCAGUUGAAUUGUUACAAUAUUCAAAUAACCAAGCUAUCGUAAAUUGUGAUAAACGUUGUCGUAAUUUGUUAAAUAAGCCUAGAUCUCGUGAAUUGUAAUAACACAUUGUCGUAUUUUGCAACACUUCAUAAUGUCAAGGGCUUAUCUACUGAAAUAUUUUCUUGUCAAUCAAAAAGAUUUAAGCUAUUAUGUAGCCAGCAGUUAACACAUCGUCGUACGAAAGAGUCUAUUAAUUUUACCCUGCGAACAGACGUUUAAGAGAGAAACCUCUGCUCGUGGGGUAACUAAUAUGGGCUCUUAAGAAUUAGCUUAACUGUAUGUGUGCGAAGAAAGCACGAUUUUUAGUGUUGUUAUUUCAUGCGAUUUGAGAAUGGGAAGACUGCAAACAGCGCCGUUUUUGUGUCGAUCAAGAACGCGUGGAGAGAAAGAAAAGUGUUCUGGGCGUGCCAGGCUCAACUCGCGAAACGAAAAUUUCACACAGAGCGGGAGCCUUGAAAAACCGAUUUAAAGGGAAAAACAAACUUUUUUGAAGUCUAGAAAACGAUAAGCAUACCAUGAAAAAUUAUGCUAUAUAAUGCACAAAAAAAUUAACUACACAUAUCGCUUUAAGGGAAAAGGCGUGAAAAAUAGGCUCAUCAGAGUUAAUCAGCAUAUUACGCGACAGAAAGUGGUUACAAACGAAUGACCUUGCUCGAUAUUGCUGCUGUGUGAUUGCCACCUCACCUAACAGAUAAUAUAUAAAAAUAACCAUUGACGUCCAGCCCUAGUCAAACUCUUUAAUUUAAGGCUCAGCGUUAGCAGGUUUCUGACUAGACGUUUUGUGUAACUGGCCACUGAUGAUUUUAAAUAUAGAGCAUUUCUUAUUUCAUCAGUAUUGCGCCUGCACCACGGAGCAUGACGCUAGAUUACAAAGUAAAAUUUUUCAGUCUUCUUUGUUCUGGAUCAUCAUGACCAAGCUUCUUACAAACGCAUAAAAUAGCGAAGUUCACUGACUCAGAGUUAACGAAAAGCGAUACAAGUACGUGUGAAGCUAAAGAAAAUACAAGCAAGGUAAGGUGCUGAUCUUUUUUCGAAUUCAUUCACUAGAUUUGGUACGUACAUCUUUCGAAUGUUAGGCUUGUGAAGAUUAUUUACAUUGAAAGCUUAAGUUUGGAAAUCCGAAUUUCAAUUACACUCGAAUGGUUUCUAGUCAAGUUACAGAUUUAAACUGCUAGCUCCUAAGGGUAAAAGAAAACAUGUAUAAAUCUCCCAGUGGCAUUCUUUUUUCGUGACCACUGAAGUUAUGGAAGUUAAAAAUAUUAGCUUAAGUUCAUGUCAAGUAAUCGUGCCUGUUCGUCCCUGUCUAAAGAGAGCGAGUUUUAAUAGUUUUUACGCAGGUGCACAGCAAUGUAAUUAAAAACACUUAUCUCCGGCUACAACCGCAACGGGACGUGGGUGCAAAGUUGUUGAUUUGCUAAUCUACACCUAUUGCUUUUUUGCCGUUCUCGUUGCCGAGUUGCGUAGAAAUAUUACCACAGAGGAUAGAGACGAAUUCCUUUCUCUCUUUCACAGUGCUUUGUGACCUUUUAGCUGUUGUUUGGAUACACUAAAGACCGACUCAGAUGGCUCCUCAAAUCGUGCUCAUCUCCGGUUGUUCUAGCGGCAUUGGACUCGCUACCGCUGUGCUCCUCGCUAAAGAUGCCGAGAAACGCUUCAAGGUCUAUGCCACCAUGAGAAAUCUGGCGAAGAAAGGACAACUGGAAGAAGAAGGGAAGGAUCAACUCGGAGACACUUUGAUUAUUAAACAGAUGGAUGUGUCGAGUGAUGAAUCCGUCAAGAAAUCCGUACAUGAAAUACUCGAUACUGAGGGAAAAAUCGACGUGUUGUGUAAGUUGCCAUAA